AUGAUCUCGCUUAGGACGUCCCUGUCCUCAGCCGCAAGCUCUACCUUCAAAGGUAAGGCCAAGCAGGUCACCGCUCCCGUCGUCUCCUUCAUCACCCACAGCCGGAGCAUCUCAUCGUCCAUCCCCUCUGGUUCAACCGCGACGACAUCCUCCGAACCGUCCACAUCGACGCUUCCUCCCAGCCCCAUCCCCAUCGACUCCAACUCGCAAGCCCUGUCCCUCCUCAAAUCGCAACCCUCUCACUACGCAAUCGCCUCCAUCACCGGUCGAACCUACCUCGUCUCCAAAGGCGACCUCGUCACCGUCCCUCGGCUCAAGGACGUCCAAGUCGGCGACGUCCUCCUCCUCGACAAAGUUCACGAAAUCGGUUCUCGCGACUACACACUUCGUGCACAGGACACGCUCAACACCCGUCGCAUCUCCACCUCCGUCGAUCUGCCCCCCUCCUCUCCAACCACCGUCACUACCGGACCCUCCCCCUCCAUCCUCCCACAACCACGACGACUCUUCACCCGUCUAUCCUCAUCCCCACUCAUCCCGCUCUCCAACACCUGGUCUUCCCGGCUCAUCCCCAACGGACUCGCUCACAUCGGUGCAUCUCUUCCCCCAUCCACCGUCAAGAUUACCGCCGUCGUAACCGAAAACACAAAGGGCGCACUAGAAAAGAUCCUCAAAAAGAAACGCAGAAAGGGCUACAAGAAAACAGUCCAGCACAAACAACCCUACACACGCAUCCGCAUCGAAGACAUUCAAAUCCAACCAUCCACCUAA